GGCACUUGCAUGCAAAUAUUCGUCUCUGUCUUCAUCAUAACCCUCAUCUCAUUCCUCUGGAGCCGCCGUCAUCACCCUACAGCCUCGAGGACAGAGAUCACCAGCCUUCCCAGACCAGUCCCUCCCGAGAUGUCUUCUUUCCCAAGCCUCCCGGGGCAGCCGGGCCAAGAGAAGGUAGUCGAGGAGGAAUACCCGAUUGCACGACUUCCAUACAACGAGGACACAAUUGUUACCCUGGUCGGCGAUAUCUACCGUAUCUUCGUCCAGCUUGGCUACAUGAACAACCGCGCCCAUGGCGAGGAGGAACUUGUCUGGCCCCCACCAGAAGGCCAUUCCAUCAAUGAAGCUAUGUGCGAAGAGCUCAGUCUCAGUCCGAAGGUGAUCUCCUUGAUGCGACGUCUUCCAUAUCCGGUCUCUUCCAAUAUCGCGGCCGAUCUUCCCUUCAAGCCGUGGUCCACGGCAUUCGCAUAUAUCGAAGACCGUCAAAUUCGAGACGGUCGCGAUCCGGGUCGCUGGAUCUUCGACGACCCGCGAACCGAUUUCCUUCUCCCGCACGAGAUCGCUCUCGCGGGCGCGGAUGAUGAAGGGAUUCACCUUAUUCUUAAUACAGAAGAAAAUACUAUCCGAGCACCAGAUUGGGAAGAACUCGAGCUAGAAGAUGAGCAGGGCAAUUCCCUUUUCCGAAGCCUCCCUUCCCACCAUGCACCAACGUUUUUGGCGGAUUAUGUGAACAAGCUCAGGUCUCUGGAGAUCAUCCCGGGUGGUCAAGAGAGCUGUGGCUGCUUCUAUGAUGAGCAUUGUGGGAAAGUGGUCCUACAGGAGCAGUAUGGCUGGCCGUAUGAUUUCCGAGAGACGGAAUGGAAGGCUGCGGCAAGAGACACUUUAAAGCGCCUGGAGCAGUUGUACCCAUAG